AUGGCUUCUAAGGAAAUCGAUGUCGAUGUCUUGGUUAUCGGCGCUGGCCCGACCGGUCUGGGCGCUGCCAAGCGUCUGCAGCAGGUGAAAAGCGCGUCGUGGUUGAUUAUUGACUCGAACGAAACCCCCGGUGGACUGGCCUCCACCGACAUUACCCCGGAGGGCUUCCUAUUCGACGUCGGUGGGCAUGUUAUCUUCUCCCACUACAAGUAUUUUGACGACUGCCUCAAUGAAGCCCUUCCUAAGGCCGAGGAUUGGUACGAGCACCAGCGUGUCUCCUUUGUCCGCUACGAGGGCCGCUGGGUCCCCUACCCGUUCCAGAACAACAUUUCCGUCUUGCCCAAGGAGGAACAAGUCAAAUGCAUUACCAGUCUGAUGGACGCGGCCCUGGAGGCUCGUGCCCGCCCGGCCAGCGACAAACCCGAGAACUUCGACGUCUGGAACACCCGUAAUGUUGGCGAGCGACUGAACGAGAUCUUCAUGCGGCCGUACAACUUUAAGGUCUGGGCUGUGCCCCCAAGCAAGAUGAACGCUACUUGGCUUGGUGAGCGUGUUGCCGCCCCCAAUCUGAAGCUGUUGACCAGUAAUGUCAUCCUUAACAAGGUGGCCGGCAACUGGGGACCUAAUGCAACUUUCAAGUUCCCAGCUGAGGGUGGUACUGGUGGUAUCUGGAUUGCUGUGGCCAACACCCUUGCCAAGGAAAACACUCGCUUUGGUGAGCACGGAACAGUGGUUAAGGUUGAUGCCGAUGCCAAGAAGGUCCAGCUGAAGGACGGAACUGUUGUCCACUACGGAUCUCUCAUCUCGACCAUGUCUGUCGACUACCUGGCUGAAGCCAUGGCCGAUACCAAGCUGCAGCAGCUGUGCAAACCCCUCUUCUACUCCUCCACCAACGUGAUCGGUGUUGGUGUUCGUGGCAAGCUUCCUAGCCGCGUCGGAGACAAGUGCUGGCUAUACUUCCCCGAGGACAACUGCCCCUUCUACCGUGCCACCAUCUUCUCCAACUAUUCUCCCAACAACCAGCCGAAUGAGACAGCCAAAUUGCCUACCAAGCAAUUUGCCAACGGCAGGAAACCCGCUUCUUCUGAGCCACAGGAAGGACCAUACUGGUCUAUCAUGUUGGAGGUCUCCGAGUCGCAGUACAAGCCCGUCAACCAUGGCACCCUGUUGGCCGACAGUAUCCAGGGUUUGAUCAACACCGAUUUGCUCAAGCCCGAGGAUGAGAUCGUCAGUACCUACGUGCGUCGUUUCGACCACGGCUACCCCACUCCUAGCUUGGAGCGGAACGGUGCUCUGGAUGAUAUUUUGCCUUACUUGCAGCAGAAGGACAUUCUCUCGCGUGGCCGCUUCGGUUCGUGGAAGUACGAAGUCGGUAACCAAGAUCACAGUUUCAUGCUGGGCGUCGAAGCUGUUGACCACAUCGUCUCUGGUGCUGUCGAGCUCACCUUGGCCUACCCUGACUUUGUCAAUGGUCGUGCCAAUACUGAGCGCCGCUUGACUAGCAUGAAUACUGUUGUGCGGUAA